AGGGAGGCAGUAACUUGCAAAGAACUACAUUGCAUGAUUCAUAUGCUGAGUCAAAAGAGCUUCACAGAUCUGCACGGCCAGUGGGAUGGUGUCAGUCAGCUGAUCACAUUCUGUGCUGCUGGAGGAGUUCUCCAUUCCUCAUGAACCACAACAGAUAGAGGGAGUUGCACUUUACACUUCAGAUUCACUGUGUCUCCUGUUAAUGUGAAGAAUUUGGGGUCAAGGGGUUAUCGAUGACAUCACAAAAGGCUGUCUCCAAGGCAACGGCAAUGAAUUUCGAAGAAAGUUAUUGACAGUACAGCAGAGAAACCAGUUCUCCUGCGUAGUACACUGAGAACAUUUGGACGAGAGACGUCGAGAAGAGGUGUGGAGUGCCGGAUGGCAGUGAGCUGGAUGUCUCAGUGAGGUCAGGUUGGACUGGAGGUCAUGGGGUCGUUUACGCUGGGGAAAGCUGCUUCCCUGGAGCUGCUGCUGGAGGCCUGUAUUCAAGCAUUUGACGAUGAAGGGGAGCUUCAUGACAAUCAGCUUCCUCGAACCCUUCUGCUGAUGCAUCGCUGGUAUGUGUCCUCUGCCGAGCUCGCUGGAAAACUUCUGAUUAUGUAUCGUGACUGUCAGGGAGACGACUGCCAGCGCACACGACUGAAGAUCUGUUACUUAAUGAGGUACUGGAUUGCUGAAUUUCCUGCUGAGUUCGAUUUGGAUAUGGGUUUGAUCCGCCUUACAGAAGAGUUCAGAGACGCCGCCGCUCAGCUGGGUGGCGACGAACACAUUAAAUUACUUGACAUUUCUACAAUUCCUUCGUAUGACUGGAUGCGUAAACUGACUCAGCGAAAGAAGCAGGUGAAGAAGGGCAAAGCAUCACUUCUGUUUGAUCACCUGGAACCCAUUGAGCUGGCCGAACAUCUCACCUUCCUGGAGUACAAGUCCAUCAGGAGGAUAUCGUUCACAGAUUACCAGAGCUAUGUGAUUCACGGCUGUGUGGUGGAUAACCCAACGUUAGAGCGCUCCAUCGCCCUGUUCAACGGGAUCUCUCAGUGGGUUCAGCUGAUGGUGCUCAGCAAACUCACUCCUCAGCACAGAGCCGAGGUCAUCAACAAAUACAUCCACGUCGCUCAGAAACUGCUCCACCUGCAGAACUUCAACACUUUAAUGGCUGUGGUUGGAGGUCUGAGUCACAGUUCUAUUUCCCGUCUGAAGGAAACUCAUUCUCACCUCAGCCCAGAAGUCACCAAGAUCUGGAAUGAAAUGACAGAGCUGGUUUCAUCCAACGGUAAUUACUGCGCUUACCGCAAAGCCUUCAGUGAAUGCGAAGGGUUUAAGAUCCCUAUACUGGGCGUUCACCUGAAGGACCUGAUCGCAGUGCACGUGGUCUUCCCGGACUGGGUAGAGGAUGGGAAAGUUAACAUCGUGAAGAUGCAACAGCUGUAUCUCACAUUUAAUGAACUGGUGUCGCUUCAGAGCGCCGUGUCUCAGGUGGAGCCCAACAUGGACCUGAUCUACCUGCUCACUCUGUCCUUGGACCUUUACUACACAGAGGAUGAAAUUUAUGAGCUGUCCCUGCUCAGAGAACCCCGUAACCCUAAAUCUCAGCCGACAUCACCCACAACACCCAACAAACCUCUUGCUCCACUGGAUUGGGCAUCUGGGGUCACCACAAAACCAGAUCCUUCUGUGGUCAACAAACAUAUUAGGAAGGUCGUGGAUUCUGUGUUUCGUAACUAUGACCACGACCACGACGGUUACAUAUCUCAGGAAGAUUUUGAGAGUAUCGCUGCAAAUUUCCCGUUCUUGGAUUCCUUCUGUGUGCUUGAUAAAGAUCAGGAUGGAUUGAUUAGUAAAGAUGAGAUGAUGGCUUAUUUUCUGCGGGCCAACCCGUUGCUGCAGUGUAAGAUGGGACCAGGAUUUAUACACAACUUCCAGGAGAUGACAUACCUGAAACCAACUUUCUGUGAACAUUGUGCUGGAUUUCUCUGGGGGAUUAUUAAACAAGGAUAUAAGUGCAAAGACUGUGGGGUGAACUGCCACAAACAGUGUCGAGAGCUUCUUGUUUUAGCGUGUCGCCGUCUCCCUCGGUCCACAUCAUUAGGCAGCGUGUCACCUGGAACACUUACCCACAGCUCUCUACCCAGCAGCCCCUCCCUGCCCACCUGUAAAGAUGACGACGAGGUGUUUACGUUCCCUGCUCUGUCACCAUCAUCGAGCUCUGAUCUGGAGGGAAAAUCCAUCACGCUGAUGACAGGUUCAGCCCAGCGGAUCUCCGUACGGCUGCAGAGAGCCACCACCAGUCAGGCCACGCAGACGGAACCCAUGUGGCCUGAGAACGCCUGGGCUGGUGUAGCUGACAGCGGGUCACACACCUUCCCCAAGAUGAGGUACAGGCCGCACCGCAAAGCAUCCAAGAGCAAAGGGUUCGCUCGCUGGGAGAACGACGCACAGAUUUCAACAGGAACGAAUCGCACUCGCCGGGAGUCACAGGAGCACAGUGAAGUGUCACAGCAGAACGGACUGAUGGACCAACAUCGGGACAAAACUGAACCCACUGAGAUCAGCUGACUUGUCCGAACAAUGGGCCCAAGAAGGACGCCCUGGAGCCGGUCAGGAGCACGGCUGAAAAGGCUCUCCUCUCUAGGGGGCGUGCUGGGGUGCCUCAUGCCUCGAGUGGAUCGGGAAUAGGGCCUCUAUUUAGACAGCCCCAGCUACAGAGGGACGGCAUGCAACCUGCUGACUGCGCUGGGGGAAGGAUGGCAUCAAAAGAAAGGUCUCGGACUACACGGGGGGUGGCCUGUUAUGUUGUGCUCUCCUGCGUGGAGUGGACGAUACUAGACUGCAGUGAAAACCUAGUAUCAGUAUAAGCUGAUGUGAUGGAUACGUCGGCGCUUAGAAGGAUAGAUAACCAAUGUAUAUGUACGAGAGUAGAAAGAAUGUAGAAAAGGCGGUUUUGUACAGAAACACCAGUGUGAAUGUUAUUAUUUAAGGUCUAACGUAGACACGUGUGCAUUGAAGGCAUGGUGUGAUUUUCGUACUCCAGAAACACUACAAGAAAAGAGGACAUGUUGGAUUUAAUGCCUAUGUAAGUUAUAUGUUAUUUAAGGUGGAACUGGCAUGCAUUGAUGUGGACAGAUGAAGAUCAUCAUAUCCAUGAUGAACUUAAACACUAACUUUAUGUGUUUGCCCAGCAACACAUUAUCUUAAGUGGAAGGUACGUAGACAAAGAUAAGAGUUGCCACAGAAGACAAGAUUUCAGGUCUUUACACCAGAUAGAAUCAAAAAACAAGUUUUUACUUUUCAUUUGGUUAAUACAUAAUUUACUUCAUAGUUGAUCUGUUUGUUUUGCUAUAUAAGGUGCCAACUUAUAGCCACUGAGCAUGUACAUCAUUACAUAAGUGUUGCUUAGCAACAUUGGCAAUGUAAAGAUGACUUAGACUUCAUAUAUCCAUAAAUUCAGAGACAGCGAUUCUACCUACCCAGGUGUGCUGUCGACCAGGUGUUUGAAUGGCCUCUGUUGCUAAGUACACAGUGAUCAAGUUGGGCGACAAGUCCGUUGCCAAGGCAACUUGCAUCCUUCACUGACAUAUGUUUUAAAAUGGGUUUUGCACCCAGAAUGCCCUGGUAAGGUUCAGAGAAGAUAAGCACGAUACGGGCAUUUCUAAAACGCUGAGUCAGUAGCUACACAGAAGAUGAACAGAUCAUAUGAGAGAAACUGUGAUUAUACUGAGCAUUUCAUCCUGUAGGAUCAAAUGCUCCUCUAGCGCUACCAUUAUGGACUUAAGCAUUGUGUCAUGUGGUUGGUGAAGUCACAGUUACACUCAUGGUAUCAUAAUCAGCGUGUAUUGAGUUUUAGAGGGACGCCAGUGACCUGUGAUAUGUUGACGCAUUUGAAAGCCCUUGAGAAUGUCUUCAUAUCAUUUGAACCCUUCAUGAGAUGCCAAUUUACAAAUUAAUGUUGCUAUUGUCUUUCUCCACGGAGUAUUUCUUUUUUCUGAUUUUGUGCUAAUGAUUCUGUUUUCUGGCGACACAGUGUAGCUCUAAACUAACUUUAGGCAUCACACCCAGUCAUAAAAUACUAGGAUCCCCUGCAUAAAAUAUAAAAUAAAUAUUUUUUUAUCUGUUGGAAAGCAGUGCUGAUAAAGUGUUCAACAUCUCAUUGAAUGCCCUUUAUUUGAAUAAGCAACAGGCAUAUUAACACAAUACAUUGUGCAAACAUUUCUGGCUCAUUCAGAUACAUUGACUUUUGGAGAUAACUGCCCAAUAACGGCUGUAUAAUGAUCAACCUUGUCAAUACUGUAUUAACUGUAGUCAUGUUUCUGUUCAUGUUUACAGCUGAUAUCAGGUAUACUUAUUAGUAUAGGUGUGCGUUUAUAUUGUAAUAACAAGAAAAACAGUAACACUUUCAAUAAAUAACAAUAGUUUUCUAAAAUCAACUAUGAGUGUCACUAUACAGUAGACUUAAAAUGUAAGGGAUGACAAUGAAUUAAGGGUUUUCUGUGCAGUUUGUAGGUCAUUGCAAUGUCUCAGGGGUGCCAUUGAACGCAAGCUUGACCAACAAAGCUGAAACUUUUGGACUGGAUUAUUUAUUGGACAAUUUUAUGUUAUUUAGUGCAGGACACCAACUGUAUCUUUCAGUCUGACAGAAAUGUAUGAAAGGAUUAUUUUAAAAGUAUUUAAAUGACACUGUGUUUUUUGUAGAAAAGCUCAAUGUAGACAUUUAAAAAUGAUACGUUUUAGGUAUAUUUCACGUGUAAAAAUGUGGCAAAAUGUUCCGUUGCUUUAAAACACACUACUAACCUUAACUUUAGCACAGCUGUUAAAAACAUUCAUUGUAACUAUAAAUGCUAUAUAUAAAAUAAAUGUUUGUGUAUAACAUUUUCAAGAAUUAUUCUGUAUUCUCUUUGAAAUGGGAGUAUUAAAACAAGUUGUAUAGCACCCUCUUGUGGACACAAUUUCAAAGCAUGUCAAACAUAAACAGAA